AUGGACCCCCCCCCGCAGGUCUACAAGGAGAAGCUCUACGGCAAGAAGUACGUGUGGUUCCUCAUCGGCUGGUACGCGGACAACUGGUUCCGCAUCAAGGACCCGGCCAUCAACUGCACCGAGGCCGAGAUGGCCGAAGCUGUUGAAGGCCACGUCACCACCGAGAUCGUGAUGCUCAACCCCGAGAACACCCGCAGCAUCUCCAACAUGACCUCGCAGGAGUUCAUUGAGAAGCUGCAGAAGAGGUUGGGGAAGAACCCUGAGGAGACGGGUGGCUUCCAAGAGGCCCCGUUGGCCUACGACGCCAUCUGGGCCUUGGCCUUGGCCCUCAACAAGACCUCGACGGAGCUCAUGAAGAAGGGGCUGCGCUUGGAGGACUUCAACUACAACAACAAGAACAUCACGGAUGAGAUCUACAGAGCCCUCAACUCCUCCGCCUUCGAGGGCGUCUCGGGCCACGUUGUCUUCGACGCCAGCGGCUCCCGCAUGGCCUGGACGCUCAUUGAGCAGCUCCAAGGAGGUGUCUACAAGAAGAUCGGUUACUACGACAGCACCAAGGACAACCUGUCCUGGUACAACAACGACAAGUGGAUUGGAGGUUCCCCACCAGCCGACUACACCAAAGUCAUCAUCACCUUCCGCUUCCUGUCCCAGAAGCUCUUCAUCUCCGUCUCCGUGUUGGCUUCAUUGGGCAUCCUCUUGGCCAUCAUCUGCUUGGCCUUCAACAUCUACAAUGGACAUGUCAGGUACAUCCAGAACUCCCAACCAUACCUGAACAACAUGACGGCCGUUGGUUGCACCUUGGCCUUGGCCGCCGUCUACCCCCUUGGACUUGAUGGCUACCACAUUGGCCCAGAGCUGUUCCCCUUCGUGUGUCAGGCGCGACUGUGGCUCCUGGGUCUUGGCUUCAGCCUGGCCUAUGGGAGCAUGUUCACCAAGAUCUGGUGGGUCCACACGGUCUUCACCAAGAAGGACGACAAGAAGGAGAAGAGGAAGACCUUGGAGCCAUGGAAGCUCUACGCCACCGUGGGGCUGCUGGUGGGGCUGGAUGUGGUCACCUUGGUCAUCUGGCAGAUCGUGGACCCCUUGCACCGCACCAUCGAGGAGUUCACCAAGGAGGAGCCCAAGAUGGACUCGGACGUCUCCAUCCUGCCCCAGCUGGAGCACUGCAGCUCCACCAAGAUGAACACGUGGCUCGGGAUCUUCUACGGCUUCAAGGGGUUGCUCCUGCUCUUGGGCAUCUUCUUGGCCUAUGAAACCAAGAGCGUGUCCACCGAGAAGAUCAACGACCACCGAGCGGUGGGAAUGGCCAUUUACAACGUGGCGGUCCUCUGCCUCAUCACGGCGCCCGUCACCAUGAUCCUCAGCAGCCAACAGGAUGCGGCCUUCGCCUUCGCCUCCUUGGCUGUUGUCUUCUCCUCCUACAUCACCUUGGUUGUCCUCUUCGUGCCCAAGAUGCGGCGCCUCAUCACCCGCGGCGAGUGGCAGUCGGAGCAACAGGACACCAUGAAGACGGGGUCGUCCACCAACAACAACGAGGAGGAGAAGUCCCGGCUCCUGGAGAAGGAAAACCGGGAGCUGGAGAAGAUCAUCGCAGAGAAGGAGGAGCGUGUCUCCGAGCUCCGGCAGCAGCUCCAGGCCCGGCAGCAGCUCCGCUCCCGCCGCCGCUCGUCCAACCCCUCCCGGGACGUUGACAACCACGUGCAGGGGGGGUUCAACCCCUCGGCGGCCCCCCCGGGGCCCUUCUACCCCCCGAACCUGCCCCUCGUCCGCUGCCUCGUGGCCGAACAGGCCGACAAGUUGGGUCGGGGCAACUGCGACGGGAGCCGCGUCCACCUGCUCUACAAGUGACCCCCGCGGCAACGGGGGCGACUGGCAUGGGGGCAAUUACGGGGGGGGGUAAUUGCAAUGGGGGGCAAUUACGGGGGGGGGGUAAUUGCAAUGGGGAUAAUUACAAUGGGGGGUGAUUGCAAUGGGGGGGCAAUUACAGUGGGGGGGCAAUUGCAAUGGGGGGGUAAUUGCAAUGGGGGGUAAUUGCAAUGGGGGGGUCAUUACAGUGGGGGGGCAAUUACAGUGGGGGGGUAAUUGCAAUGGGGGCAAUUACAGUGGGAGGGGUAAUUACAAUGGGGGUAAUUGCAAUGGGGGGCAAUUACAAUGGGGGGCAAUUGUAAUGGGGGCAAUUACAGUGGGGAAGCAAUUGCAAUGGGGGGGCAAUUACAGUGGGGAGGGGGUAAUUACAAUGGGGGGCAAUUGUAAUGGGGGGGCAAUUACAGUGGGGGGGCAAUUUCAACGGGGGGCAAUUACAGUGGGGAGGGGUAAUUACAAUGGGGGGGCAAUUGUAAUGGGGGGGCAAUUACAGUGGGGGCAAUUGCAACGGGGGGGCAAUUACAGUGGGGAGGGGGUAAUUACAAUGGGGGGGCAAUUGUAAUGGGGGGGCAAUUACAGUGGGGGGGCAAUUUCAACAGGGGGCAAUUACAGUGGGGGGGUAAUUACAAUGGGGGGCGAUUACAGUGGGGGGGCAAUUGCAGUGGGGGGGGCAAUUACAGUGGGGGGGCAAUUGUAAUGGGGGGUAAUUACAAUGGGGCGGUAAUUGCAAUGGGGGGUCAUUACAAGGGGGGGGCAAUUACGGUGGGGAGGGGGUAAUUACAAUGGCGGGGCAAUUACAGUGGGGGGGUCAAUUGCAAUGGGGGGUAAUUGCAAUGGAGGGGUAAUUGCAAUGGGUGGGUCAUUACAAUGGGGGGUCAUUACAAUGAGGAGGGUAAUUACAAUGGGGAGGGGGCAAUUACAAUGGGAGGGUAAUUACAAUGGGGGGUCAUUACAAUGAGGGGUAAUUACGAUGGGGGGUAAUUAGCAUGGGGGGGUCAUUAGCAUGGGGAGGGGGGUAAUUACAAUGGAAAGGGGGUAAUUGCCAUAGGGAGGGGUUAAAGGCCGUGGGGAGGGGGGUAAAUACCAGGUCUAUCUGCCCUACAAGUGACCCUUGGGGCAACGAGGGGGUAAUUAGCAUGGGGGGUAUAAUUAGUGAGGGGGUAAUUAGCAUGGGAAGAAAGAGCUAAUUGCCAUAGGGAGGGGUAAUUACCAUGGGGGGGGCAAUUACAAUGGGGAGGGAGGUAAUUGCAAUGGGAAGGGGGUAAUGGCCAUAGGGAGGGGGGUAACGGUGACGGUGAAGGGGGUAAUUGCCAUAAUGAAGGGGGUAAUUAGCAUGGAGAGGGGGUAAUUACAACGAGGAGGGGGUAAUUAGCAUGGAGAGGGGGUAAUUAGCACGGGGAGGGGGUAAUUAACAUGGGGAGGGGGUAAUUAACAUGGGGAGGGGGUUGUUGGGGAGGUUGGAGCCUCUUGGCUCUCUUGGUCCAUAACGUGGCUCCGGGUGUCACCCGCCUCCGCCUGUUGUCACCGCGGCCCCCUCUGGCCAAGCCAGCCCCCUACAGCCCCCCCAUGGCCCUCCCAGCUCCCCCAUGGCCAACCCAUUGCCCUUAUGGUUGACCCAUGGCCCCUACAGCCAUCCCCUAUGGUGAACCCAUCACCCCUAUGGUGAACCCAUCACCUACAGUCAACCCAGCCCCCUACAGCCAUCCCCUAUGGUGAACCCAUCACCCCUAUGGUGAACCCAGCCCCCUAUGGUGGAUCCAUGUCCCCUACAGUCAUCCCCUAUGGUCAACCCAUCUCCCCACAACCACCCCCUAUGGUUGUCCCAUCUCCCCUAUGGCCAACCCAUCGGCCCUACAGUCAACCCACCUCCCCUAUAGUCAUCCAAGCCCCCUACAGCCAUCCCCUAUGGUGGACCCAUUGCCCCUACAGUCAUCCCCUAUGGCCAACCCAUUGCCCUUAUGGUUGACCCAUGGCCCCUACAGCCAUUCCCUAUGGUGAACCCAUCACCCCUAUGGUGAACCCAGCCCCCUAUGUUGGACCCAUGUCCCCUACAGUCAUCCCCUAUGGUCAACCCAUCUCCCCACAACCACCCCCUAUGGUUGUCCCAUCUCCCCUAUGGCUAACCCAUUGCCCUUAUGGUUGACCCAUGGCCCCUACAGCCAUCCCCUAUGGUGAACCCAUCACCCCUAUGGUGAACCCAUCACCCCUAUGGUGAACCCAGCCCCCUACAGCCAUCCCCUAUGGUGGAUCCAUGUCCCCUACAGUCACCACUAUGGUCAACCCACCUCCCCACAACCACCCCCUAUGGUUGUCUCAUCUCCCCUAUGGCCAACCCAUCGGCCCUACAGUCAACCCACCUCCCCUAUAGUCAUCCAAGCCCCCUACAGCCAUCCCCUAUGGUGGACCCAUUGCCUCUACAGUCAUCCCCUAUGGCCAACCCAUUGCCCUUAUGGUCGACCCAUGGCCCCUACAGCCAUCCCCUAUGGUUGUCCCAUCUCCCCUAUGGUCAACCCAUUGGCCCUACAGUCAACCCAGCCCCCCUAUAGCCAUCCCCUAUGGUGAACCCAUCACCCCUGUGGUGAACUCAGCCCCCUACAGCCAUCCCCUAUGGUGGAUCCAUGUCCCCUACAGUCAUCCCCUAUGGUGAACCCAUCACCCCUGUGGUGAACCCAUCACCCCUAUGGUGAACCCAGCCCCCUAUGGUGGAUCCAUGUCCCCUACAGUCAUCCCCGAUGGUCAACCCAUCUCCCCACAACCACCCCCUAUGGUUGUCCCAUCUCUCCUAUGGCCAACCCAUUGUCCUUAUGGUUGACCCAUGGCCCCUACAGCCAUCCCCUAUGGUGAACCCAUCACCCCUAUGGUGAACCCAUCACCCCUAUGGUGAAUCCAUCACCUACAGUCAACCCAGCCCCCCUAUAGCCAUCCCCUAUGGUGAACCCAUCACCCCUAUGGUGAACCCAGCCUCCUAUGGUAGACCCAUGUCCCCUACAGUCACCCCUAUGGUCAACCCAUCUCCCUACAGCCACCCCCUAUGGUUGUCCCAUCUCCCCUAUGGUCAACCCAUUGGCCCUACAGUCAACCCAGCCCCCUACAGCCACCCCCUAUGGUGGACCCACAUCCUUCCCUCUCCCCCCCCACAACCACCUCCUGCUGUAGCCCCCCCACCCCAGUCCCAGUGUUGUGGGGCUCCCCCCCAUAGCCUCUACCUGUGUCUAGUGGAGCCGUGUCAGGCUGUAGCGCACAACCUGCUCGUACAACCCAGCCCUAUCGCAGGCGCCGGCUGUAGCGAGCGGCUGUUGGGGGUCACUGGUUGCUACAACCGGGGUUUGGGGGGGGGGGGUUAAAGCUCUUUUGUCCGGCUGUAGCUCCCAAGGAGGGGGGGGGGUACAGGCGGAGGGGGGGUCGCUUGUUUCCUGUCCGCGCAGACUGUUGUAGCCGGGGUCUGGGUCCUCCUGUACAGUCGCACUUUAGUGGACAACCGGACCCUGCUUCUUCGCCUG